GCUAGCUAUGUCGUUUGGACUCAAAACAGGCAAAUGGGGGACCACCAGCAAACCGGAGCAAUAAUGAUAAGACCCACCAUAUCUGAGUUAGAGAAUGACAGAUCGAGAUACGAAUGCCCUGUACCGUCUUGCAAUGUGGUUUUGAAAGGCCUUGGAUUUUUCCCUUCGCAUUUAAAAAAAAUUCACAAUGUGUUGAUCACGGAGGGUGUAAACCUAAAAGACAACAAUGGAAGCAAAGUUACCUUGUUAUGUUUUUGUCCAAUGUCCACCUGUAAAUAUGGGGGUCAACAAAUUUCUGACAGAUGUUUCACUAGCCUUAAACUCCUACGACAGCAUUUUAUGAAAGUCCAUGCUGAGAAGAAGUACAAAUGUGAGAAGUGUGGUCUGAGUUUUGGUCUGGAUCGAGAUAGGAGGCUUCACCAGGGACGAUGUGGACAAAUCUACCAGUGCACAGACUGCGAGGCCAAGUAUACGACCAUCGAGGCUGUGCAGACCCAUUGCUACAGGAAGGGUCACACACCUCCAGAGAGACCUCCCAAGAUAGUUGAGGAAAAAAUAAAUGCCAAGCCUUCUAUAGAAUCUUCUGGACACCAAGGUACAACAAUCGGAACACAAACUACAUCAAUGCCUGUAAUUCUAGUGGAAGUCACCCCACAGACUCCAGUGGAAAGAGAGGUGCUGACUAAAUCUCUAUCCCUGAAGCCACUCUUGCCCAAGCCCAGUGUCAAACUGAUAGUUCCGCAAAAGAUUGCCCCUAUCCUUAAUGUUCCUCUGUGUCCAAAUUCUCAAAUAGAAACUGCGGUCUCAGAGAUUGCUCCAGCAAUGGAGACUGGCGCAAUUCAAGGCGGUUCUGCUUUGUGUGAAUUUGUUUCAGAGGGUAUCCAGGCCUCUAUAGGAGACAAGAAUUUAGACGCUGGCGAAGAAUUGCCGUCCCUGCUAGAAAAGUCUUGGUCAUCGACCGGUAUUCAAACCGCUAUCAGCAUAAAGCCACAGCAGAAGAAACAGUCUGGUACUGUUGCUCAGACCCAAACAGGGGAUAUGAUCUUAAAGAAAGCCAUGGCAUGUGCUGAUAUUCCAAUUCAGAUGGAAUCAGUUGGUACACAAAUGACACCGCAAGUGAAAGGUCCAAGUUGGAAGAGGAGAAAGUGUACAACAGAGACUCAGACGCUUAGUGAAGGAGCUAGCAAACAAAAGAGGAGGAGGAAAUCUUUGUUCAGUGAACCUAAAACAGAUUCUGUGUCUCAAACCUCGGACCUUAGCACCUCUAAGAUAGAUUCCAUGUGUCAGGUGGAUAAUUUCAGACAUGUCUCACUGAUGGAUAUCAGCAAGAGCUCAACUACGCAGGCAGCACAAACAGAUAUAUUUUUACGAAUAGACUCCAUGUCACAGACUAAGGAAGACGGAGGAGCACAACUCUCAAAAAGCAUUGCAAACGAAAAUGGACAAAACUCAAAAGGAACAAGUAAGGAGGGUGCUGAAAGGAGAAGCAAUUCUAAAUCAGUUCAGUUCAAAACUAGGAUCACUGCUCCUGGAGAGGGUCCUUUCUCAGAUUCAGACACAGGGCCAAUUCUCAGUGUAACAGAACAGCAAGAACAGGGUGAAGAGAGGACUGACUCUACUGUAGCAUCAUUUUCAAAGAAACAUGAUACUCUGGUGCCAAAGUCUUCUCAGAUCUCUCAUGCAAGUGACGCUUUGGAUCUAAAUGCCUCCAGUGGUAGCAAAUUGCAUGACAUGGGAAUACAAACUUUUGAGGCUGAUUUUGGGAGAUUCUUGCUUUCACAAUGUGAAAAUUUGGACAGACCCAGACAAAUGGAAAGCCAAGUACAGACUCAGAGCUCUGCCACUGAUAUGGAUGAUUUGUUUCAAAUGUCUAACAGAGAGACAAGGUCAACUGAUAUGUCUACAGAUACUCAGACCCAAACCGUCAAUAUGGAUAACAUCGAAACAUGGGCAAACAAUAUGGAGACUCAGACCUCCAUAGAUCCAGAUUUCAACUCCUUUACAUUCAAUGACAUUGAAACACAGACCUUGCCUGAUCUGUCUCUGGAUUCUACAGAGGAAUCCAGCUUCAUGAACGAUUUCUCACUGACCAGCAUUCAAACUCAGACCAUGGAAGACGAUCUGUACCAGAGUCUCUCAACCCAGACGGACAGCUUCAUGGAUAUGUUUGACUUCUCUCUGACCAGCAUUCACACACAGACCACUGGACAAAGUGACCACGCUUCAACACAGACAAAUCAGCCAUGUGUGGAGGUUAAUGAGAUGGGGGUAGGGAGUGAUUUUAGUGAUGUGAUAUACUCCUCCAAUACAGAAACUCAGACCGCUGAUCUCAGUCUCUCCAACACACACACACAGACCACAUGGGACGACCUGGAUAAUCUGCUGAGGGAGUUUCAGAAGUGAUCUGGUCUAGCCAUAGAGGUGAAUUGGAUGAGAUUUGUCCAUCCUAUUAUUAUGAAGUUUUUAUUUGUGAAUUAUCCUGGAAUGAGGUUGUGACACUUGGUAUUGGAGUUGUACUUCAUGAUCCAGUGAAGCGUAAAAAAAGUUUUGUUGUUGAAUUAAAUUGGUAUAAGGAAUACAUAUAAAUGAACUGUAAACCAAUUUCUAUGAGAAAAAUGGUAAACUUUUUUUUAAAGGAAUUUACCAAUAUCAAAAAGUUUGAAAAGUGUUGCAGUUGAGACUUCUUUACAUUUAUGUUGGUUGGAGGGUGGAGAGGAAAUCAAAAUAACUGUAUACAUCCUAGAAGCAGAAAUGUGAUAAUUAUAUAAGAAAAUUUUUAUAGCAGUUUCCGGAUACUUUGGAAUCAUUAAAAUUUAGUGGUGGCUCAAUUUUUAUGGUAUUUGUGGGUAGCCCCUCCAAUGCAUUUAAAUUCUUGACAAAAACAAAGCUUGAAAAUGUUAUUAGUUUUCUUACUAAAACUGGAAACCAAUGCAUCCACAAAAUUAAAUCUGACGAAAAAGCAAAACACCAGCAAUCUACGAAAAUUGACCACCAUGAAUUUAAAUGAUUCCACAGAAAGUACAUGUGCUUUAAAUUUCAUAUGCGUACUUAGUUACCUCAACUCGGAGCAUCUGAUUUUAUUUUAAUUGUGAGAGCUAAUUUUUUUUCUUUAAGAGGGAUGUACUUUUACAUCUAAUCACGAAAACUGUAUAAUUUAGUACUUAUUUUGACCGAUGUACAUAAUAUUUUUGAUCUCAUGAUUGAUGUUUAUAAAUACCAACAUUUUUUUUAACUUUAAUUUAUGAGGUGCACAUAUUACUGUUCUGUAUUGUGUGUGAAAUCUUUACAUCAAUUCAUAUUCAUACCAUGUAUGUAUUUUUCUCUCUUUUGAUGCACAGUGUGCAUGUAAUGUUUACUAGUCGGUCUUGAGUUGUUAGAUUACAUAUGUUCCAACUGCCAGCAUUAAUGUGAUGUAUAUCUCUUAGGCGUCGGAACUGGGGGGGGG